AUGGUUUCACUAACUAUAACAAGUUCAUCCAAUACAUACAAUUUUAGUUGGGUUUUCCUUCUAGAUUGGAUUUUAAUGGUAGUUUUAUCAUUAUCUACUUUUUUCUAUUUUGGAAGGGCUAUAGCCUACAUUUUUACAAAAAUACUGGAUUUGAUAGUGUCGAAAAUAUUCAAAGUUAAAAUAUCUAUUCAGUCCAUUGGUAUAUCUUUUUUGGGUGGAAGGAUAUUUGUUAAAAAUUUAACCAUCACCACUAAGGAUUUAACAAUUUCAAUAUUAAAAGGCGAUUUAACUUGGAGAUACUGGGUUUUCCAGCCCAAGAGACCGAGCAUAUUCAUUAAAAAUAAGAAUCCCUUGAAAAACAAAGAACUUCUAUCCAGGUAUUUUAUAAACAUUGAAGGUUUAGAAAUUUUUGUUUAUAACAGAACCUGUGCAUAUGAAAAUAUAAUAAAAAAUACUUUGACAGAAAACGAAAAGGAACAGUUACGGAAAUUGUUCCCCAACAUUGACUAUAUAAUAAACAUGAAUAACGAAACAAAUGACAAAGAUGACUCAAAGGAUACCCAUGCUUCUAGCAAUAGUAAUAGUAGCAUCAGUAAUAGUAGCAAUAGCAAUAGCGGUACUCACAAUGAUAGUAACAUUAACAGUUCUGAUAAUACAAACAAUUUUUCAUUGAAGUUUCUUCCAAUAGAAUUUAAUAUAAAAUCCGGUUCCCUAGUUUUUGGAAAUAUAUAUACGCCUUCAGUAUUGGUUUUAUAUUGGGAUAGCUGUAAUGGUAUAAUAGAUGCAUUUGAUUGCGAAAACCCUCUGGAUCCAUUCAAAAUGAAAUAUACCAUCGUUCAAAAUAGAGCAAAGUUAACUUUGAAGCCAAAUGCAUUAUACGAAAAUGAACAAUACACCUCAGUUCCAAAUAAAAAGGGUCUGAAGAAUAGAUUAUGGAACACCUUUAAACACGUCUUGCUAAGCGCUUUACCUCAUGAGGGAUCGCAUGCCAAUCGGAACAAAUUUAGCUAUCAUUAUCGUAGGGGAGACAAAAAAAUUAAUCCUGGAGCUCAACAAAGACAAUUUGUAGAACAUUGGAAAGGGCUAUCGAUGUAUACCAAUGAUGAUGAUGAUUUGGAUAAUUUUUUGGAAAACGAGGUCCAGUUUUUCGCAAGCCGUCAACACGAAUAUUCAAAACACUCCAAAGUUGUAGAAUGUGAGCAAGUGACUUACUCAUACUCCUAUGACAUACCAGGGAAGGUUCCCUUUGACAAUGAAAUGGUUUCAACCAGCGCCCAGAUACCUGGUCCGGCUGUGGGUAAUGGUGGAACUGCACCCGAACAAAGACUAGACAUUGAGCUAUGUGGGGCACAAAUAUAUUACGGACCUUGGACUCACAGACAGCUAAUGCCCAUUAAGAAAAUGCUAGCACCUUCUAUUACUAGGGAUUCUAAACCGGCUACUAAGCUUAAGCCAAAUGAUACAAGAAUAUACACCUCUUUUAAGCUUCUUAUAGAAAUAACAGAUACUUCGACUUUAAGAAUACCAACGAGAGAAUUUAGCAAAGAUGAUGAGUUUAUCAAACAAUACGCUGAAUCCAAAAACCUUUUACGUCCGUUUGGGUGGAUUGACAUUGAAUUAAAUUCCACUUCCUCAUUGUUUUUUGAUUUUGCUCUGUGCCCAACAGAGGACGAAUUUAUUAAUACGUUUAGUAUCGAACUUAAAGAACCAAUUUUUUCUUCAAGUGUGAACCACGAUAUUUUUUUCAAAGCAGAUUAUCAUAACAUAACAGCAGAUAUCAGUAUGCCCCUAAAAUGGAAUAACAAGUACACUUGGACAUUUAACCAAAUCACCAACAAUGUGGACUUGUUUUUAUUAAGAGAUCACGUGACCUUAUUGUCAGACCUACUACAAGAUUUUGCUACUGACACAGAGGUUAGCUAUGAGUUAUUUAGGCCGUAUGAACAUGUAUUUUAUUGGAAAUUCAAUGAUGGAUAUAAGAUCAAUAUGAACGUUAAUGAUGCUAAUUUGAUCAAUAACCCAGUAGAUUUUAACGAAAAUUGUUAUUUGACGUUUAGCGGUGAGACAGGGGUUAUUGAUAUAAAUAUUCCUAAUGACAAUAUUGCGGCAUUACAUAAGAUUUUUUAUUUCAAGGUGAGGACACCGUUAUGGUGUCUAUCACUAAGUUCUCCUUCAUGGAGCACAAUUAAGGCCUUUAUGCCUGACACUGAAGUUGCUAGAUCGCGCCAUUUUAGGCUGGAUGGAUAUUAUCAGAGUUUUUUAAAUAUUGAUAUAGGGAAUGUUGAUAAAAUUGUAAUGGAGUGUGAUAGUGAUAAUACGACAUUGAUUUGUUACGGUUUUGCAUUUCGAUAUUUCAUGAAUUUGCAAUCCAAUAUUUUUGGCAAGUUUACACAUUUUAAAACAACCGAAGAAUUCAAGGAACAAGUUCAGGAAACAGAAAGAAAUAAAUGUAGCAAUAAUGAUGACAAAUUUUAUUUCAAUGGAGGUAACAAUUCUUCAACUGACUUAAAUAGGGAUUCAAAAUUGGAAGAUUUUAUAGAAAAUUUUGCUGUGAAAAGAUCAGGCUUAAAAAGAAAAUCAAACGAAAUGGAUGCCUGGAUCACCUUUUGUGUAAAAGACGGUUGCAUCGCCAUACCAGAGUAUUUAUUCACAGAUGAUUCCUUACUAGGGUUGCAUUUCAAUUCUUUGGAGAUAGAUAUGAGAUAUCUAAAUUAUUACAUGGAUUUGCAAUUCGAUAUGUUGCCCGUUUAUUUUAAAAAAAGCACAGUACGAGACUGUAGUUGUAUUUUUGAUAUUGUGAAAGAAUUUAACGGCACUGUACCAGAUAUUGACGGAACGCUAUCUGAAUUCAGUUUCCAUGCUCAUAGACUAUUUGGUUUACCGCCAGAAGAAUCAACUUAUUUUUGUAAAUGGGACUUCAGUUUGGGUGUUUUAGAAUUAUGCUCAGAUAUCAAAUUUUUUAAAUCGUUUAUUAAUGCGGUCUCGAAAAUCGGAUUUAGUUAUCAUGAUUCGGAAAACACUUUGAUUUACGAUAUAGCCAAAACUUACGACGUGACAUCUCUUACACUUCAAUUAGAAAGCUUGGCUAUUGUUAUUGAGGAAAAAGACUUAAAGGCUGGCAUUGACUUUAGACUUUCAGAUGUUUCUUUAUCUUCGAUAGAUUUGGCUAAUGACAAGUAUUCAUCAAGGCUUGAUGUUGUCAUGCCUGAGAUCUCCCUGUCCGUUUUUAUGUCUGAUAUGAAUACCUUAACCUUUAGUACACAUUUACGGUUUACUAAAUUCAACAUAGAGAAAAAUCCUAGAAGUGACCAAAGAAGUCAAUUGAAACAUAUCUUGAUGAAUGAUGCAGCCUUCCACAGAUGCUGGUUUUUAAUGCCUAGAGAGUUGCGCGAAAGUUACUUUUAUAACGAGUUAUUGGGGUGUAUUCCGCCAAGUAUGUCUAUACCUUCGUUGAUCGUACCCUUUGUACCAGAGACAGUGGACAUCAUCAUUGAUAAGUUUUUACAACGUUAUCCAUCAUACAGAGAUCUUUUAUUCGAAGACAAUUCCACUGAUGCAAAUAAUAAUAUGAACGGUUCAUUUUAUAUGGAUGAUAACAUGAUGCAAGAUAAUAUAGAUCACGAAAAAUAUAAAACACAUGAAGCAGAAACGUUUAUUUUUAAUUUUGGCGAGAUUAAAUUGUAUUUCAAUAUUUCAGUUUUAUCAUUUUUAUUCAGCUUGUAUGAUAAUUACACAUUGGAAGAUCUCAACAACUUGGCGGAUAUGAUAGAAAUCAACAUUGUUAAGCCUUUAACUAAAAGCACUUUGGGGAAUUCUUUUAUAAAAGAAACCAACUUUGUGACACCAAAAAUAUCAAUCAGCAUGGCUUAUCAAUUUCCAGGUGACGAGGAAAAAAGCUUUGAUUCUUUAUUUAAUUUUGAAAUGGAAAACAUUUCAUUUUUAUGUUCCAUCAUGAAAACUUAUGACGUAGAGGAACAUAAGAGACUCAAGUAUAACGAAAAUUUUACCUGCAAAGUCUUUGUGCCAAUUACAAAGUUUUCUUUUGAAAAUAAUGAUAUGAAGAAAUUGGAGAAAAAUAAAUUCAGUAUAUUUAUCGAGGACUGUGAGGUGAUGUACACGAAAACUGCUGAGGGGAAGAUCCAUGUCAACUGUAAAAGCUUUAAUAUUUUUUCGAAUUCAAGUGAUAUUGAACAAAUAAUACUUAUCGGGAAAUCCUGCACCCAUUAUUUUAGUCAACAAAAGAAGCUAUUGGAUAAAGUUUCCCAGCGAAACGCUUGCAUAAAAAGGGAAUUGAUUUUACAAAUCAUGGUUGCUAGCGAAAAAUAUAAUAUUAAUUAUGAUCCACCUGUGAUUACAAGGUUGUCAAACAUUGUUCGUUUAUCUAGGGCGCAUGUAAGAGAGAAUCCUAGUUGGAGGAUGGUAAUUAGGAUACGCCAUAUUUUAAAACAUUUACCUCAGUCUUGGAAGGAUAUAACAGGUAACUACAUAAACUUUUGUGAAUACACCGACCCACAUGUGGCCUCCAAAAUGUUUUUAAAAGUUUUUUCUAAUUGGAAAAAUAUUGAGCAUCAUGGCAUAAAGGAAACAUAUAUUUUUAAAAAAUUGUUUUUGGAUCAUAAUUUUGAAUUUUGCAUGAACGAGUGUAUACAUACCACCGCAGUGAUUAAGUUAGAUAGGUUUUACUAUGAAUCGUUCAUGCAAAAAAUCUCGGAGAAGGAUAAUUUACUGAUUAAAUCGUUAGAGAUCAAUUUUUCAGAUCUUUUGAGAAACACUGAGUUAUGUUUUUGGCAGCCUGCAGACAGAUUUAUUUAUUCACCAGAUAACACGUUUUUAAUAAAGAUUAGACACAUAAAGGGCAAUCUAGGGUUGCCCACUUUUGAUUUAAAGCUUUUGAUUAGCAAAGAAUUGAAAGUUUUAUCCGAGGGGACGAAACAACCGUCUUCAAAGGAUCUUGCAAAAGUAUCCAGUACAUAUCAACUUGUUACACUAAUUGAUAAGAUUGACGUGUCUGUUCAAUUAGAGGGCGUUAGUUUAGUUUUUAGAUCUUUUGGCAAUACACUCAGUACACUAUUAGAUUUGUCUCAUUUUUCAACCGUCAUCACUUUUGUCAAUUCUGAACUUUGGCUACGUGAUACAAAUAGAACGAUCUUUGAGAAUUUUAUUAGUAAUGCUAGUAUUGAAUAUUCUUCAAUUGAAAAUUCCCCAAAUUUUUCACAUUCUUUGACUACCUCAUUUAACGGUGUUUCUUUCAAGGCUAUGGAAUCAACCCAAGUUUAUAUUUUGACGUAUAGAAAGAUUAUGUCAAUUUUCACUUUAUUAUCUAAAAAGGCUGAUACUAUAGCAAGGGAUAUCACAAAAAAACAAUCUAAAAAACCGCUGAAAAAAUUAUUAUUAAAUUUGAACAUGUCACAGUUUGAUUUUAGCGUACAAUUACUUACUGCCUUUGUGUUCAAUCAACAUGUGGACUCUUUGGAAUUGAAUUCAGAUGAUCUCAAUUCAUUAUCUUUUGGUGUUGAAAUAGAUGGUUAUAAUUAUGACAUUAGGUCUAAAAGAUUUAGACAAACAUAUUUAUUAUAUUCUCAAUCUAAGUUGCGCUUUUCUGUUAAUGAGAAAUUAGAAUCCAACAGCACAAUUAUUGAUAUAUUUUUAUCAUUGGGAUUUAUCAAGGCAACCUUUGCAGAUCCUCAUAACGUAUUACACAGUCUAUUAUAUGAUAAAAAUGUGGCCUUAAAAAGCUUCAAGCUAUUAAAAAAUGUGAUUGACGGGGAGUCUAAAUCUACGCAGCCAGAAUCGGCAAAAGGCAAUAAUAAAAAGCUAUUUAAUUUAUUUGUUGAAGCUGAGUAUAUUGGCCUAUUAUUAGAUGAGGUUGAAUACCAACUAUGCUUGGAACUUAACUCAAUAACUGCUGGUCUUAGGAAUUAUUUAUUUUCAGACGAUUCCUUCGUGUGUACUCCUGAAUUACUAGGACAUCUCUCAGCACCAAGCAUAUGCCUAUUACUAAAAGAUCCUGAAUUAUCUUCUAAAUUGUCUCAAAUUUUAGAUUUUUCCUUUUCAUGUUCAUUAGGACAAGACAGCAUUGAACAAUUAAGAACAAUUCAAGUCGAAAGCAACCAUUUUAGAGUGUGUUUAUGUCCACAAUCUUUUGUUAGAUCGCUCUGGUUUGUUGAUCAGAUCUCAACAACUUUCAAACAGCUUGAUCUACUUAACAUAGCCAAGCCCAGCAAUAAUAUGCCUUCAUCCCCAUUAGCCUCCAUUGAGUUAAGCGAAAGAUUCAAAUCAAUCCAGGUACUUUCUUACGAUUUUUGCAUUGGUUGGCUAUACAACGGUGUUAAUGUCGAUCUGUUGUUAGAUGACGAUGCGGACAGUGGUGUUGUAUUUGGCUAUAACAAAUUGUUUUCUGCUCACGAAGAAAAGCUUGGGAAGUUAACUGUGGUAAACACCUAUUUUUCGGUUGCUACGGGCAACACGUCUUCAACCUUUUAUCUUCUUAAAGAGCAUAUUCAUACAUUUAAUAGAAGCUUUUUACCUUAUAUGCAGGUUUCCUAUUGGUUUAUAAAAAAACAGGGUACUCUGCAUGAUUUACAUUUGAAAAUAAGUGGUAGUCAAUUGCGUGCUGUUAUUGUGGAAUCAAUCAUGGAAUCUGCUCAGAAACUUGUCAAAUCGUUGUUAGAAGUACAAAGGUCAGAGAAACAAUUUAUGGCUGAAAAUAUUAGAUUAUCCAAGGGGAAGCGUGAGGAAGAAAAAGAAGAGGGGGAUGGAAAUAGCGAACAAGAAAUAUUUAAAGGUACCUUAACAUUUUUAACCAACAUUCAGGCUAUACAUUGUAAGAUGGAUUAUGAGGGUAGCAUUUGCGACAUAUACUCGGUAAACAGUGUUGUAACCGAAUCUCAACCUACCAUUAGUUUACAUAGUCCUAAAAUGAAAGUUGCAAUUAAAUAUUUACAUUCCUUUGAAAAUAUUAAACAACCACAUAUUAUCAAAUCGUUUAUUUCUUUUGGGAAUUCGGACAACAUUAUAUAUCCCACUUCUGUACUUUCGUUACAUAGGAUAUUCAUGGAUGCAAGGAACUUAAUGUCUAUGGUCAGCACGGGUAAAAGAGAGACAACAACUACCACCACUAAGAAAUCGGGUGCUGAAUUUGAUUAUCAGAAACUGCUAAAAGGCUUUGAUGUCAGUUGUUUCUUGAAUAUCAAACGUCAAAAUUUAUCAUUUAGUUGCGAGCCCAAAGCCAAAAUUAAAGCCAUUCUUGGGUUUGAUGGUGUUAAAGUCAGGGCCUUUACCAAUUCACUAGAUCCUAUGAACUCCGUCAGUAUAGCUUUGAAUUUUAUCAAUAUACACGCUGAAUUACAACACAUUUUUUCCAGAGAGGUGAGUACAUCUUUCAAUUUAUCAUAUUUUGAUACGAUUUUUAUCUUGACGCAUGAAACAACUUUUGAAACUUUUGCAACAACUUUAUUUCAAGAUGUUUAUAUAUAUUUAGACUUGAAUCAGUUCCAGGAUUUAAAGUUAUUUUUAGAUAUUUGGACGCCUCAUAGCAAAAUUACAAGUGCCAAGGAGGAAACAACUAAAGCUGUUCCAAGUAAUUUUAAGGAAAAAAUUAAAAAAGUUUCAACAACUUCAGGAUUUGCAUGGAAUCAUAUCUUUAUUGUAGAUAACAUGCAAGGUAGAGUUGAGCUAGGACCAAGUUUAUGUUCUUUAAACGUUCUGAAUAACAGAUUAAGUGCUUCAGUUCAUCAUUAUAUAGAUUGGAGACAGUAUUUGCUAUUAACUGUUGAGGAUGUAAAAAUUAGCGCGAAUGGUAGAUUAGGUGGAUCUUUUAUAAUCCAAAAUUUUGUCUGGAACUCUAAGAUUAAAUGGCCGGUUAACAAAAAUGAUUCCAACAAAAAUCCCUUAAUUUAUUUAUCUAUAGGUCUAGAGACUUUGGAAGGAAAAUUGUCUUUGGACUACCAUAUGUUUUUAAUUUCCAAUGCCAAUGAUUUAUCCUUGACUUUAUACAACGAACAUGACGAGUUUGAUGUUCUACAAGAUCUGUUAGUUGCUUCAGCGGAGUGUAAAAAAAUUGAGUUAUUUACAACUGUAUUAGCCACUUCUAAUAUACUAAAUAUUUAUGAUACUAUAUCCAGAUUGCAUUUAGAUAAUAGAACAUCAUAUGAUGAAGUUUUGAAAGACUCUGAUACGAAAAAUAGGAAGAAAGAAGAUGUGGAUGAGACCUUGGCCAAUUAUCUAAGUUUAUUGCGUACUGAUUUAUCCGUAAGAUUGGGUGAAUUUUAUGUUCAAGUUUUCCCCAAUACGUUGUACGAUCCAAUGGUUUUGGUAAUCCAUAACGAUGUUACAUCGGCUCAUGUUUCUAUUAAUGGUCAAGAAAGAAUAAGAACAGAAUUGGAGUUGUAUACCCAUAAUUUGUCUGUAAAAUUAUCAGAUACGAAAUACAAGUUUGUUGAAGAACAAAUAGCCAAUAUUUCAGCCAAAAACUUUAUUAAGGAGGCUAGAAAAGCUUCUGGCGGCACUAUUUUUGUUUUCCCCUCAAUUACUAUAUCGAUGACUACUUGGCAAAAUCUUGGCUCCAAUCGCAUAGAAUUGAUAUAUAGUAGCAGUUUUGGUGGGAAAGUUAGUAUAAGAUGGAAUUUGGGAUCUAUAAAUUUUAUACGUGAAUUGUGGACUGCACAUGCCAGAUCUUUAAGUUUAAGACACGAUGAGAAAAGGAUAGAGGAACGCGAAGAGAAAAUAUUAGAUCAUGAUACUGAUAACGAGAAGCAAGAAGUUCCAUUUUUUGAGGACGAAAAUUUUGAUGAAAAAUUAAAAGAGGUUAAAUUAGAUGAUAAGUAUGUGUACGAACCAUUGGUUUUACCACAUAUUGAAACGCCUCAAAUUAAAGAUUUGGGAGGCGCUACUCCUCCAAUAGAAUGGUUUGGGGUUAAUCGACAAAAUUUUCCAGGUAUGGUUCAUCAAAUUAUUUUAGUACCUUUACAGCAUUUGAUAAGGCAGUCAGAAAAGGAAUAUGCGAGAAUAUUAGGUAGUGCAUAA